AUGUGUAAAGAAGCGGAAGAAGUAAAUGAUAUAGAAUCUGAGUCAGAAGAUGAGAACAAAAUUUAUAAUCCUCUGAAAUUGUUCUUGGAUGGGAUGGACCAAUUCCAUACUGGCUCUAUAAACUACACGGCUAUCUACGCGAAAUAUGUUUACGGGGGCAGAAAAGCUUUUGAUAGCAUUUUCAGGAAUGUAGUAUGGGAUGUUUGG